AUGAGCCAGGAGAACGGAGGAGCCAGCAACGGGCACCCCGCCGAGGAGCAUCAGGACGUGAUGGAGGUGGAGCCGAAGCAGCGCCGGGCGCCGCGGCUGAACGAGCGGAUCCUCUCGUCGCUGUCGCGGAGGUCCGUCGCCGCGCACCCCUGGCACGACCUCGAGAUCGGUCCUGAAGCUCCGGCCGUCUUCAACGUCGUUGUGGAGAUCACCAAGGGGAGCAAGGUGAAGUACGAGCUGGACAAGAAGACGGGGCUCAUCAAGGUGGACCGCGUCCUCUACUCGUCCGUCGUGUACCCUCACAACUACGGCUUCAUCCCGCGGACGCUCUGCGAGGACAACGACCCCAUGGACGUCCUCGUCCUCAUGCAGGAACCAGUCCUCCCCGGCGCCUUCCUCCGCGCCAGGGCCAUCGGCCUCAUGCCUAUGAUAGAUCAGGGGGAGAAGGACGACAAGAUCAUCGCCGUCUGCGCCGACGAUCCCGAGUACCGCCACUACAACGACAUCAGCGAGCUUUCUCCUCACCGCCUCCAGGAGAUCCGCCGCUUCUUCGAAGACUACAAGAAGAACGAGAACAAGGAGGUGGCCGUCAACGACUUCCUGCCCGCCGCAGCUGCCCGCGAAGCCAUCCAGUACUCCAUGGAUCUUUACGGUCAGUACAUUAUGCAGACCCUGCGACGGUAG